GCGACGGGACGGACCGCAAGAAGAAGGAGCCUGAGCCCGCGGAAGAGGACAGGGUGAUGCCAGAAGGACCCAGAGGGGACCCCCAGGAGCCCAAGGUCCAGGGCUUGGCCCACGACGUCCCGCCCCAGCCAGACAACAAGCGAGGCCGCCCAAAACCGCGGAGGCGCCGAAAUUGCUCUUUCCAAGGGACGUACGCCGACAGCCUCCACGAAGAGGCGGCCCAGCCGAGGAGCAGCUCCCGGCGGAAGGUCUACAAGUGCGUGGACUGCAAGAAGGUCUUCGCCUGCUCCAGCAGCCUGACCCGCCACCGCCGGAUCCACACGGGAGAGAAGCCCUUCCAGUGCUUGGAUUGCGGGAAGAGCUUCAGGCAGAGCGUGGUCCUCCUGCGCCACUGGAGGACGCACACCAAGGAGAAGCCCUUUCUCUGCACCACGUGUGGGAAAUGCUUCUCCUGGCACUCGGACGUCGUCAGCCACCGGCGGACCCACAAGGGGGAGAAACCGUACGCCUGCUCGCGCUGCGAGAAGGCCUUCGGGACGAGGUCCCGCCUCGUGAAGCACCAGCGGGUCCUCCACAACG